AUGGUUAACGAGCUUCCACAAGAUAUAUGGGUAGUUAUUUUGCAAUUUUUCACUCUUGAUGAAUUGCUACGGACUUCAACAAUUAGCAAUUUGCCUCCACUACCAAACAAUCAACAAGAGAAAAUUAAAUUGUUCGGCAUUUCUAAAAGUGUAUUUUCAGCACUGAUAGGAUGCGAUAUUGCAGAAUUUAAUUCACAAAAUAAUCGUGAUGGAGGAUUAUUCUACAGAUUAUUGAAUGAAAAGUUAACAAUUAGACAAUUAGAUUUGGUCAUUGAUCGAAUUGUAAAUAGAUCUGUUUUUGUGAAUAAUGAGAAUGAUUAUGAUGAGGAAAAUAACUCACACAAUUAUAAGCCACUUUUGGAAACUCAAAGAAAUACUGGUAACGGAAGAAGAAUGAGGGUAAGAAGACAUUACUACACUAGAAGUCGAUUAAACGUCCUUUCCAAUGGUAGCAGUAUGAGUAAAUUGAGAGGUGAGCUGAGAAAGUUGAUUGCUAAAUGCAAUGAGCAAUUUCCUCAUAUUUAUGAAGAGUAUAGAGAUAGAAUUGAUAGAGCAUUGAAACAAUCAAUCAAAAUAUGUACAUUAGUUGAAAAGCCAAUUGAUAAUCCAGAUGAAAUUACUUAUGAGGACAACUCAAUGCGUAGGCCCAAUAAGCCAUCUUUUUGGGAUGAAGAAAAGAGAAGAAAAUCCAUAGAAAUCAAUUUAAGAAAUCCGAAAAUUCUCAAAGAUCACCAAUGGAGAGUUCAAUGGGCUUUUGAUUAUUCGAAUCAUCUUCGUCAUGAGUUGGAAUUUCAUUCUACUUAUUUGAGAAUUUACUAUUCGUUACUAUUUAAAGGCAACGUUCAACUAACUGAAGACACGUUUAACUCUUACAUGGACUUUUUAGAAAAAACACUAGCAAUAGUCUUUAAAUUUGAUCAAACCUUUCAAAAAAAGUUCUUUACAGAAAGAAACUUGUUCAAAAAGAAAAAAUCUAGAUAUAUUACUUAUAACGUUCAACCUGCAAAUCAGUGCAAAGUCGAUUUCAUUUACCAAUCUAUAUCAUGUCUAGCAAAAGGUUAUAAAGGUCACCAUUAUAGUUUUGAUGAACGAACAUUGUCAGAUGAAACCAAACAAAAAGUCUUCAAAAUUAUUGAACUAUUGAUGGACACCUAUACAAAAUAUUAUGGAAAUGACACAUCUCAAGAAUAUUGCUAUGGAAGAUCUAUUUAUGACAAGUUAAACAGAUUUGAUAAGAUAUUUCAAAAAUAUACUAGCAACAAUGAGAUUAACAAUCUUCCAAAACACCUCCAACAAUCAUUUUUAUUCUCUUGUAUUAAUUAUUCACCUUUUGUUCCAGUUGACUUGAUCAAAUCAUUAGAUUUCCCUUUAUGUAUAGAAAGGACCUACAAAUCGACUGGAACCACCGAAACAGUAUCCUUAUGUUCUUAUAUUAUUCUUCAUAAUUAUAUGUGGAAUGAGGAAACUACGUUUGGUUACAAAGAAUGGCUAGAACUAUUGAUUGACAAAUUUGGUAAAGAACAGGUUGUCGAUUCGCUCAAGCCAUCAAACUUGUAUAGUGUUAGCAGUAUGUUCCAUUACAAUAAUUUGUGUACAAUAUUAGGAGAAAAAUUUAUGGAAAUGGCUAAAGAAGCUGAAAAAGAGCUCAGUACAAGUUGGAAUAAUGCAGAGGAAGAAGUGCUCUCUGAAUAUUCCGAGACAAGUUAUUUAUAAAAAGUAUUCAGAGAUUUCACAACUU